GAUCUCGAACAAGCAUUCUGUCCUCCACUCGACCCGGCGCUUUUCAGCGCCAUUGCUUCGGACUACGACCUCGCCGAUCCGAGCAGCCUCAAGCAGCUUGAAGAUACCCUCAAUGCCCUGAAAGCCACAGCAGACGAACAGCAGGACCUCCCCUUUGACCCUUCGGGCACAGGCGGCCUAAGGGCGGCCGAUUUUUUGGAUAAUGAUGGCAGUGGCUCGCGAAACGACACGACGGGGUCUCGCGAGACGGAUAUUACUAGUCUGAGGUCGGAUCUUUCGUCUCUGCUGAUAGACGGGGACGACAGAAACUCAGCGACCACCAACAACAAGGCAUAUAUCGUCGGAUCAAAUGGCUUGCCAUGCCUUACUGGUAUGACGGCCGAGGAAAAAGCGGGCUAUUUGUGCGAGAUGUUUCCAUCUGUGGCCGAGUAUACAAUCAAGCACACGCUGGGUAAAUGUGACUUUGAUGUGGAUCGGUCUAUGGAUGUGCUUCUCAACAUAGCCUUCUUCGACAGCCAGGAAAGCCGGUCUCCUAUCGAUGAGGAUGUCAAAAUAUCAAUCCCCAAGGGAAUUGAGGGGUUCGUAUCUCCUCAGGGCCCGAAAAAGAAAGGCAAAAACAGGAGAGCAAAAGCCAAAGGCCCGGCAGGUUUCCGUCUGCCAGAAACAUAUGGACAGAGCAGCAGUCCUGUACGAAACAAAUGGGACGACGCAAAGGACGAUCUAGACUUUAUUACUUCUCGAACCGCGCCAGUUCUCAAGAAAGAGACCAUCGCCUCGGCCUACCACAAAAAUCAUGCAUCUCGCUCGGAAACUAUCAAAUACCUCGCGACUGCAAAUGCUCCUGAAAGCACUAGCGAGGAUGCGACAGUCGUGGCGCAGGUUGCAGAGCUCGUGCAGGAAUUUCCUACUAUAUCAAUACUGAUUCUCGAAGGACUUUUGAAUAUUACGGGGCAUUCUGUAUCAGCUGCCAACGAGCUGGCGAGGGCCACGCUCUUCCAGCCGUCACGCCGAUUAUCAGAUAUUAUUCGCAUUGCCGCACCAGCUCCAGUCCUAGAUGAUGAAGAGGACGCCAUGUCGAGAAGGGAGGGCUCUACGGCAGCCCCCAGAAUAGCCUCAGAAUACACGUCUGUACAAAACACGGCCAAUGCCCACUUUUCGGCAGGAUCCACUGCAUUCGUCAAGGCAUCGGCCGCCUACCGACGAGGCAAAUCCGAUCGUCUCAUGGGCGGCGCAGCAGCCUACUAUGCAUCUGUGGGGCGCGAGCAUUUGGAGAAAGCCAAGCGCGAGAACUCGGCAGCUGCAGACGCGCUGGUCAGCUCGCAGUCGUCAGCUGACUCUCUGGAUCUUCACGGUGUCAGUGUCCAGGACGGAGUGCGCAUCGCCAGCGACCGAGUGUCGUACUGGUGGGAGUCUCUGGGCGAUAGCAAGUACGCGCUCGGGGUCGCGAUGCGCGGGCCGUACAGGAUCAUCACUGGUGCUGGUCGCCACAGCAGGGAUGGCACGUCGCGUCUGGGUCCUGCGGUUGGGAAGAUGCUGGCGAGAGAGGGAUGGAAGUUUGAGGUAACAAAAGGAAUGGCCUUUUAUCGACGACGACUCCCACCCACUGUUCUUUCGACACGCGCAUACAGACCACACUGCAGUCGACCUCUACUCAGCAAUUACGGUUGUUAUUACAAUAAGCAGCUCCACACGGGCCUCAAAAGAGCACGGCUUCCCUCGCCAUUUACAUCUGCGACUCUCAAAUCGGCUUCGUGGAUGUCUUUUCUAGGCUCGUUGUUCGGAUCCAGCGCGCGCGCAGAAGAGAGCAACAACGCCAAAAUGUCGUAUCCGGACCAGCGGGGGGAUGAAGAGUGGAGGGCAGUUUUGAGUCCGGAGCAAUUCCGAGUAAUCCGCCAAAAAGGCACCGAGCCCGCGUUCACCGGCGAAUACGACAAACACUACCCCUCAACGGGCGUCUACAACUGCGCUGCCUGCGACACGCCGCUAUACAAGGCAGACACCAAAUUCCAGUCGGGCUGCGGCUGGCCUGCCUACUUUGAUGCGAUUCCGGGCGCUGUGACGCGCCAUGUCGACCGGGCGUUUGGCAUUGAGCGCACGGAGAUUGUGUGCAGCAACUGUGGAGGGCAUUUGGGCCAUGUUUUCAAGGGAGAAGGCUUUCCGACGCCGACGGAUGAGAGGCAUUGUGUGAAUAGUACUGACACCGCCCUCGAUCCGCCCGCCAUGUCUCGGCGACCAGACCCGACUCGGGCUGCGCAAAACCAGCAGACCAUCAAGAACCUGCUGAAGCUGGAGCCGAACAAGACCUGCGCAGACUGCAAGCGGAACAAACACCCCAGAUGGGCGUCCUGGAACCUGGGCAUCUUCGUCUGCAUCCGCUGCUCGGGCAUCCACCGUGGAAUGGGCACCCAUAUCAGCCGCGUCAAGUCGGUCGAUCUCGAUGCCUGGACUGACGAGCAAUUACAAAGCGUGUUGAAAUGGGGGAACGGCCGGGCCAACAAAUACUGGGAAGCCAAAUUGACCGCCGGUCAUGUUCCGUCGGACUCCAAAAUCGAGAAUUUCAUUCGCACAAAAUACGAGUCGAAGCGAUGGGCAAUGGACGGGCCCAUCCCCGACCCUGCGACGCUGGGAAGCGACGACGAUGUUCCGCUCGCUGUUGUCCAGGAAAGGGCAAAAUUGGAACGUUCCGCAUCGCAGAGAGCACCCGCCGCCAGCCAACCCCCCGUCCGCCGUCAAGCGCAACAACAACAACAACAAUCAUCGGUCAAUUUCUUCGACGAUGAUAAUACGAUCAACCCCCCUGCACGACCAAGCACGACUGACCCGCCUGCUGUUGCUCGUCCACCGCCGCCAGCUAAUGCGCAGCAACUCGCUGCGCCAAAGCAGGCGAAACCGGCCGACUCGUUGCUGGGAUUGGACUUUUUUGGCAGCACGCAGUCGACGCCCACCAGCCGGCCAGGGAGCACGGGACCUACUGUUGGCUCGCAGGCUGGAAUGUCGCGGCCUGACUUGAAGCAGUCCAUCUUAUCUCUAUACGCCACCGCGCCCAAGCCCCAGCCAGCCCAGCAUGAACGGACAUCUUCUAUCGCAAGUGCCAACCAGUCGAAUGUAGGCUCCUUGACGGAUGCCUUUAGUGGCUUGACGUUUCCCACAAACUCUGCAUCCCCGCCGCCACCAAAGCCGCAGGUCGAUGCUUUUGCCGGGUUGACUGGAUUUGGAGGACCGCAAUCUUCUUCUAAAGUCACAUCGCCGACUGGAAGUUUGUUCGAUAGCAUCGCCUCCAACACCUCUACGCCCAAGCCACCGGCAGCUCCACGAACAGCGUCCAUCUCUUCGAAUGGCUGGGACACGGGCUUUUCUUCUCACCACCAAACUUCUUCGAUCUCACAACAACCAAAGCAGCAACCACCGCCACCGAGUGCCUCGAAUGAUUUACUGUUUGAUCUUUCUACUCCUGCGGCGCCAUCCCAGCCCAGAUCUCCGCCAGUUCCUCAACCUAGCAUGUCAUCAGCAUUCAACCUGUCGUCCCCGGCACCUCAGCCCGCGCAAAAGGCGGCGCCGACUACAUCAACGUCUAACGUGACCAGCGCCUUUUCGGCAGCUAGCAGUAUGGAUCCAUGGGGAGGCAAUGCUUGGAACACGCCAGAUCCUGCUCCAGUAGCCGCCCCGGCUGCUCCUACUACUACCACGACCAGGACCACAGCCACGAUAUCAUCAACAAUAACAAAACCCGUCACAUCCCCCUUGGCCGAUUCGAUGAGAAUGCCAGAUACACUGACCCCGGGAGACAUUGGCGCCGGCUGGGGCGCUACCCCUGCAGCCGCACCUACCGUUGCCCCUGAUGACGACUUUGGCGGUUGGACCAGCGCUGCUCCUAUCCCCAGUUCCACUACUUCUGGUGCUACCGGAAACAAGCCAGCAGUAGGCGGCUUCGGUGGUGGCAGCGAUGAUUUGUUUUCUAACGUAUGGGAAUAA